AUGCGUUGUAGAAAGCGCAACAUUCAUGCUCUCGUUGAACAAUUCGCAGUUACUGGUGAAAAGUCUGUGGGACUGGCACCUAUAAUAAUUGAAAUGCUCAUGAACAACGAAUUCAAGCAUGUGAAGCUGGUGGCCAAUUAUGAUGAAAAUUCUUUAGUCAAUAACGAAGCACCUUACAAAUGGCUACUAUAUCAAGCAAUUAGUGAAUAUUUGAGAGAUCUCGGUAACAAUUAA